AUGGCAGAGCAAGUCUUCAAGCUGGACAUUGAGUGCCACGAAGAUGGGCGCAGCAAGCAAACCAUCAGGGUGCCCAUUGGUGGCGACGAGCCGGUGCGACGGCUCCUGGAGAAGGUCCGAGAGCGGACCAAGAUGAAUGGCUUGACCUCGUUGUACACGGUACGUGAUGGCUCGAAGGCCCGGCUGGACCCCGACGACACUCUGCAUUUGGUGCUGGAUGCAGGGGAAAACAGACUAAGAGCAGAGGCCACCCCUUUUGCCACGAGCACCGUCGCGACCACUGAACCACCACGGGCUCCUGUGCCUGCGCUGGCACUCUCGGCCAAGGCGUCGGCACCGCCACCACCACGGGCGAAUGAAACUUUGGCGCUCGGAUUGAGAUCUCGAUCGAGAUCGCCUGCUCGGCGAAAGGCCAACGAGACGGCAUGCUUACUCGAGCUACGGGACCGCCAGCGCAGUGCGACUCCCGAGAAAGACAAGGCCUUUGUGGUGAAGCAGGCUUUUUCACCUCGGUCGCGAGACACCCGUCGAAGAUCGGGGCUGCUGAGCGUUCAGCCAGGGGAUGUUCUGGAACCUUCGACGACUCGCGACAGAGGAUGGCUGCCUUGUCGUCAAGUUUCGGGGCAGCGCGACGUGGGCUGGGUUCCGGAAUGGGUGUUCCUGUCCCCGCGAGAGCCAGAGGAAGAGGACGACUAUGAAGACUCCGAGGAGAGCGAGGAGCCGAGUUCACCGAAGCCGGGCCCCAACAAGGGAACCAAGGCCAAGGGCUGCAUCAAGAGAAUCAAGGCAAUCACAGGCCAGUACGUGGACAGGGUGGAGUUUCAACUGCACAGUGGUAUUCACCAAGUGUAUGGUGAAAGCACUGGGGGAUGCGACAAAACAUGGUUUUGUCUAAAAAAGGACGAGGCCAUAGUGGAGGUGACCCAGACUCGGACGCGAGAGUAUCUGGCCCAGAUGCUGGAGUUCAGGACAAGCAGAGGCCGUGUUUGGUCCACGAAGGGCUAUGGAGGCCCGGGGAAAGAACCACAAAGAAUCAGCUUUGCAGCCCCUGAGGGCCGGCAGAUUUGUGGACUUGUUUUUGAAGGCGUGAAGCUCUCGGCCGUGUGCUCUCAGAAGACGUCUAAGAGGGGCUCCCGGAAGCAUCCACAGAAGCUGGUAAAGGAUUUCAUGGCGGGCUUCAAGUCGAAGUCGAAUGCCUGGCAGUAA